ACAUUUUGUUGUUACCGUCGUCUCCUUUCCACUCUACCAAUACAUACACGACAUUCACAAUCGCCAAAAAGAAAAGAAAAUAAAAAAGAAGUUUUCUUUUUAUUGAUGAUUUGAGAGAGGGAAAUCGAGCUUGGAGAUAUACGAGUAGAUUUUGUUUGUUAUAAUGCAAGAGGAAGGAAAGCAGCAGAGGAAGGAGGGAACAACAAUGGAGGCUGGUCUUUUAGAUAGCAUAAUAAGUCGUUUGUUAGAAUCGAGGCAAACAAGGUUAGCCAAACAACCGCAGGUUCAACUUAGCGAAAAUGAGAUCCGUCAACUCUGUGCUGUUGCCAAAGAAAUCUUUCUUCAACAACCCAAUCUUCUCGAGCUCGAAGCCCCCAUUAAGAUCUGUGGUGACAUUCAUGGGCAAUAUUCAGAUCUUUUGAGACUUUUUGAAUAUGGAGGUUUUCCUCCUAGUGCCAAUUAUUUAUUCUUAGGUGAUUACGUGGACCGUGGGAAGCAGAGUUUGGAAACAAUAUGCCUUUUGCUUGCCUACAAAAUCAAGUAUCCUGAGAACUUCUUCCUUUUAAGAGGAAACCAUGAGUCUGCUUCGAUUAAUCGAAUUUAUGGAUUCUAUGAUGAAUGUAAACGACGGUUCAAUGUGAAACUUUGGAAGACAUUUACAGAUUGUUUUAACUGUCUUCCUGUUGCUGCUCUUAUAGAUGACAAAAUAUUGUGCAUGCACGGUGGGCUUUCCCCUGAAUUAACAAAUUUGGAUCAAAUUAGGAACUUGCCUCGUCCAACUGAUGUUCCAGAUUCUGGUUUGCUGUGCGAUUUACUUUGGUCUGAUCCUGACAGGGAUAUCAAAGGCUGGGGAAUGAAUGACCGGGGGGUCUCAUAUACAUUUGGCCCUGAUAAGGUUGCAGAAUUCUUAAUGAGGAAUGAUAUGGACCUUGUUUGUCGUGCCCAUCAGGUCGUUGAGGAUGGAUAUGAAUUCUUUGCAGAGAGGCAGCUUGUAACAAUAUUUUCAGCUCCCAACUAUUGUGGUGAAUUUGAUAAUGCUGGUGCAAUGAUGAGUGUUGAUGAAACCCUAAUGUGCUCUUUCCAAAUACUUAAGCCUGCAGAGAAAAGGUUCAGGUUCAUGUGAAAUGAUUGCUCUUUGCUGUCCUAUAACCACUUACAAUUUCUACAACUUAUUUUCAAGUGUGUUACAAGGAGAAUCAUUUGGGUAUGAAAAUGUUGCCAUCAAAGCUGCUUCAACUUUGAGCUGCAGCCAACAUGCUCUUACAAUGUUUCUCGUGUUGAGGGUACGGGGUUAUUUGUUGAAAAUGCUAUGUUUGCAGGAGCUUUCCAAAUUCCAAAAUUUGGAGCUAACUGUUGUUCUAUAGCAAUGGCAAAGGCCAGAAGUUUUUCCUUUUCGAGUUCUAGCGUAAAUUAUGAUGCCCGUGUAUAUACAUUUUAUCUGUAAAUGACUGCACUGAUACAGCAGUGCACGAUUGCCUGCCUUUUACCAGAAUUUUUCUGAUGGUAAGUUCCCAAAUGACUGUUGCAAACUAGUGCACUAGGGUUCUGGCCUCUGAUUUUCUCGGGCUUUUUUGGGGCUCAAGCAUCAGAUGAAGUUUGUGAAUUAACUGAGCUGCCAGCAUCAGUUUUUUGGAAUGUUCGAAAGAAGCCUGAACGGAUAAAAUAUCGGUUGGCAUGUAAGUUCUUUCUUGUUUUACUAUUUGACUCGCUUUGAGCUUGGUGCCGCCAAGAAUCAGUCUAAAUUCCAUCAGAAAGAGUACUGUUACUUUUUUUCUUUUAACACAACUUGAUGGUCACAGAACAUGUGAAGAAUAAAGUGUAGCUCGCUCGUCUUUGUUAUGCUUGCUAGGAUUGUUUAUUUAUUCAACUUUAUACAAGUUUGGUUUGCUA